AUGGCCCAAAACCAAAAGGCAUGGAGCAGGCACGGUGGCCCAACAACGAGGAUGAACAACCAGAUGCGCGAAUCGACCCAGAACACACGAUUCAGUGCUCGAUCGUCCAGCUCCUGCACCCCAUGCCCAGAGAAAAGUUGUGGUUGUGGCAAACAAGUCAUUAUGUACAAGUCCAAUUCCAAGCUUAAUCCUGGAAAGUUUUUUUGGAGAUGUCCUGAUUGGAAAGAAAAUUGGACCUGUGGUUUCUUUGAAUGGGUCAAAGCUGAAGGUGAAGCUGAAAAUGAGGAAUCCUCUAAAGUGAAUGUAGAAUUGAAGAAUGUUGAAGACCUUACUGAGAUGAUGGACAAGAAAAUUGAUAAGCUGAGGGAAGAGCUGCAGGGAGACAUGGAGGAAAUCAUGCAGAGUGUGAUUGGUAAGAUCAUGGAAGACAAGAAUGAAAUGAAAGACAAGAAGAUUGCCAAGUUAAAGCUCAAACUGAAAAAUGAGGGCUUGAAGAGCAAUGUGUUGUUGGUGUUGUUAGUUUUAGGGUGUGCUGUAGUUUUGGCAAAGUAUUUCUAG